UUGUCUGGUUUCCUAGUUACUGAAAUGACAACCGGCAACCUGGUUGUUGUUUCAGAAAAUAUUUUUGGUAAUAUUUAAAAAUUAUGAUAGUUUAAGAUAAAUUUUCAAGUAAUAUAUCAAACUCAAAAUGAAUUGGAUUCCUAAGGCUAAGCUAUGGGCAGUAAAAGCUGUGAAACUAGGCCGAAUGAAUAUCAAUGGAUCUAGUGGUCUCAGAGGGGCAAAUAGACCUACUGAACCUACUGAAUUCUGUAAAAAAGAAUGCAGCGGCAACAGUAGAGUCAAUUUCAGAGAAUACAAGGAGUCGACUGGGCCUGUCACAGCAUAUAUAACAGAAAUAUACCAAUGGGUCGUGAAGGCAGUGCAAGUCAGGAAAAUGAUGAGCACUGAGUCAUGUGGAUCUACAGUACGUGAUACAGUCAAAGUUAAAGAAACCCGCUCGACUGUUAACUGUGUGCAUAGCGAUAUGCCUCCACCGGCCCUGAUCAACCAAGCUUACGUGCCUGCGAAUCUGUUCAGCAAAGGAGGUAUGGAUUAUAAAAUUAUCAAGCAAUUGAAAACAUUUCUCGAUGUCCAGAUGAAUUACCACAAAACUAUGGCAAAAACAAACAAAGCUGCGAUGAAGAAAAUCAAGAAAUUGGCAAAAGCGAUGGCAAAGCUGGUGCAAUCAACCAAGCUGGAGGUGCUUUUAAGCAAAUGGGAGCAGCUAAAGAGAACCAAUUCUUCUACAAAAAGGAGAGAGAACUCAUUGAAAACCUUAGACAAAAUAUGAAGGAACAAUUGGAGUUCCAUGAGGAGGAGAUCUUGAAGCAUCAGCAGGCUAUUGAAAGAAUAAAGAGAAAGCAAAGAGAUAUGUAGUGCGAAUGUUAAUGUACCUGUGUGAUAUUUUUGGAAAAUAAAU